AUGCCAAACAUCUAUCCACCCGCCUUUGCCCCUUACCCACCCAUCAUCGGCAACAACAACAGUAAUAAUAGCUGGCACUCCUCGUCGGCUUCUUCUAGCCCAACAUCUCCCGGGUCAUCACGGAAAAGACCGUCUCCCGAAGAUUGCUCGGUACAGGAUAUCAAGCCAAGACCACGCGAGCGCAGACACCGCAAGGCCCCUCAUGAACUCUUGACAGACGCCGAAAAGAAGGCAAACCAUAUCGCAUCUGAGCAAAAACGUCGCCAGAACAUUAGACUCGGAUUCGAUCAAUUGAUAGACAGUGUGCCUUCACUGCACCAUGGCAAUCGUAGCGAGGCUCUAAUUCUGCAAAAAUCUGUUGAACACAUUCAGCAUUUAAUUAGUAUCAAGAAUGAUCUUAAAAACCAAGUGCGUGAUUUACAAAGCGUUCUGGGUGAUCCAAAUUACGAGGAAGAUUCUUCUGAAGAUGAACUUUCUUACUCAUACUAG